UGCACUUUUACGGGCAAUGAGUCGAAACAAUCGAAACGGGUUCACACAUUCGUCCCCAUUGCUGCGGAAAUAAUUGUGUGGGUCAAUGCACUUGCACUGCACAGCUAUUGGAGCGCCCGACUUUUCCCUGGCCACUGCCUGAAAUUGGACAAUUUCGACGGCUAGGCGGCAGGCAAUCGCUCGGACUCAUUAUGAGUGACAAACGGUUCGUCUCUGGCGGUUCCAGUUUGUUCAACUCCGUCGUUGGUAUCAGCAUCGCUGUUACAUUAACAUUAUUAUGCGCUCUGGCGUGUGCAUACAUGUGCAGUCUAGUUUGGCUCGUUACAUAUUUAUUUCUCAUGUGAGAAACUAGUUUUCUCCCAACUAACUAGGCUCCAGGCUGGUUUGUUGUUGGCCAUUGAUGGUGGAGACUUCCGAGCUUCCGUUUCGAGCACGUAGCGCCAGUAUAAAUGAAUUGGCCAGUUCCAAGGAGACCUCACUCCAUGUGAGAUCUCUGAAAGUGAAGGUGGUUAAAUUGGAGCACUGCCUAUGAGUAGUUGAAAGUGAUUCGAUCAGAUCUAUUGGAAUUAAAUUUGUCAUGAAUGGUUUACUAGCUCUGCUGUUGUGCGCAUUGUGCUGCAGUGUGGUCGCCAAGCCUCCAACAGCUCGACGGGCACAACUGCACGACGAUGUCCAGCUCAUCCAUCCGCAUAUCAUUACCAUAGAGCGUUUGGAGAACCUACUCCGGCGUGCUGGCGAAAUCUUCGGUCCCGCUCUAGAAGAAGAUGCCAUGGCGGAGGCCAGUAGCCAGGUGCAGGAGCAAGUGCAGCCUCAGCAGCGAAUGCUGCCCCCCACGGAGCAACCUUAUAACUUCUAUUUGCCGCUCUUCGACUACGCAGAACCCAAACUGGAUGCCAAGAGCAGGAUGCUGGAGAAGAUUGCUCCUCCGCCGCAGAAGUCGGAACAUAACUACUACACGGACAAGCCAAAGAAGAAGCCAAAGAAGUUUAACGCGGCUAACAAGCACAUUAACCUUAACCUCAAGUGGCUAAACACCUACGAGAAGGCAAUGGGAGGACCCAUUGCUCCUAAAGCUAUGUAUCUAGAGCAGGACGAGCGCAACCGGAUAAACUUCGAUGACUCAUUUUUUGCGGUGGACAUGCAGGUGAAGAUGCCGGACAAUCAGCCGCAUAAGGAUCAGGUUUCGACCGGAGAGCUCCUGCAGCAUGGCGAGGAGCAGGGAGAGGAAGAUUUGAUGGCGGCUCCGGCGCAGUUAGCAUUCAACUUCAAAUCUCCUGUCCAGAACGAACGUCGCUCAUAGAUGUGUUUUUUUAUAGGUUUUAGUCAGUUGUAUAAAAAUGCUACAAUAAAUGCACUCCGUGUGAGUCAAGGCUAGGAUGAUAA